AUGGCUACACCUGCUAAAAGCAACACGGCAAACGCCAACCCAGGCGCGACCCCAACACAAAUAACGUCUUCACCGUAUCCUGCUCACUCGGCGGUGCCUAUGGGGCGACCCUUAUCACAGAUCUCACCACCAACAACACGAACGCCUUCACAUCAGCAGGGACAACAGCAACAACCUCACCAGGGGCAGCAGCACCUACCUGCCUCCUCACACUCACAAGCACCGGCACAUCAGUACACGCCUAUGUUGGAGGAUGCCGCGGCAUUCAGCUCACCUUCUGCCCUGUUAGCGCUGGGCCUAUCCGGAAUUACGCCCUCGCCUGGGCCAGGAGGAGUCGCCAUGACGGGUGGCCUGAGCAUGGGCAUUGGCAUGGGCCUAAGCAUGUCUGAUGCGAUGGGUCUAAGUAUGGGAAUGCCGCUGGAUCUGCCCAUACACUCGCUUCCGGGGCCUACGGCAAAAGAUACAGAAGCUGAAAAACGACGGAAUAUGGCUGAGGUACUCUCUAUGCUACGGUCACGGGUGGCAGGACGCGGUGUAUGUCGUGAAUCUAUUGAACGACUGGGGACACUGGAAGGGUUUGAGUGUAUGUGGCAGGAGAACAAUCUGAGCAUUGCGGGGAACAGCGUUGAUCUGGAGAUUGAGUUUGGCCAGAAAGACGGGGCAGAUGCAGAUGUGGUGAAGGAUGUGACACUUCGGUAUGCUACGCGGGAGAUGGCUGAAGGGGAGAAGAGGGAGGCUGCAUCCGCAGUUUUGAAGAGCGUGCUGACUACGGCCGGAGGGGAUGGGGAGUGGAAGAAAGUGGACGCUUUCCACGCCAACCUGACACGGCUGGCGAGGAUGGACGGACUGUGCAGGGAGGUAAACUGCUUCGAGGCUGUGGAAGGGGUGCACGAGAGCAUGCAGAAGGUGUGGGACGUCACGUCUGGAGAGAGCCGGUUCUGGGAACGACUGUGCAGGAGCAGCGUGGGACGUCCUACAAUGCAUAGAGGCGAGAACGUCGGACUGGCCAUACAGUACUGGGCUGCCCAGCGCCGGCUGCUGGAUGCUCGACACGUCUCGCUCGACGAUGUGCUGGCCUCGUCUCUGAGGCUGGGAAGGGGCAGCAAACACAAAAUCUACAAUGCUGUGAUAGAGUGUGAGGCUGGCUACCCGUCACUGCGCAUAUCCAAAAACUGGGUUGGCGAUCCCACGGUCCUACCGACGCAGGACGGGAACAGCAACGAAAAUAGCAACGGGAACAACGACGAAGGAAACGACGACAGCAACAACACGGCAAACGAGGAUACGAACAACAGGGCUAGAACGAACUGGGUUGAGCCGCCGCCAACGCUCGUGUCGACCGACCCCUUGCUACCCUCCAGCCCGCCCAAUGUGCGCUUCGUGGCACGCCUGGAGCCCGCCAUCCACGUACCCAUCGUCGUGGCAGCAGAGAUCUAUCGGCUGGUCGGGAUAACGCUGCAGCAGGACAUGAGGCCGGCCGCCUAUGACGCGCUUGUGGUACCUGUCGAGCGGCGGGCGAGAACCGGGGGCGGCGAGCAUGUGAGGAAUGUGACUACGUUUACCGAUGGCCAGACGGCGGCUGUGAAGAAGCAUGUGUACACCUUCCACACCCUCGAGCAUGUGCCCGGCUUUACGGUAAGGGAGCUUCCCUUCUCGCACCCACGACAGGUGGAGGAGGCCAUCCCUUUACUGCGGCAGUACGCCUUACUCGACAGGCUACUGGACGUCUUUGACAUCCCUACCAGCGGUGGUAACAGUGACGACAACGAGGAAAACACGGUCAGCAACGUCGAUGCGGCUGAGGCCCGGCUGGAUUCACUCCUGGCCGCCAACCAGCAGCAGACGGGCCAGGACACGCGCAUCUCGAUCUCACUACGGACGCCCGUCUCGUCGGCACCAAGCCUGCUGGUCGUCUUCCCUCUCCCCCAUCCUCUCUCGCGCACGGCCAGCGUGACGGUCGAGGUCAGGCCCGACGGACGGCUACAUGUCCCCUGUACAAACGGGUUGGUGGAGAGCCCUCCCGCAGACGACGCGCGACCGGCAGAAGCGCAGAGCAAGCGGGCCGAGGAGGAGAGGAAGCUGUGUGGCCUGCUGGAGCGCGUGCUGGAGACCAGCGAAGAUCCGGGGCUGCUGGUCGAGUGGGUGCGCAGGCACCACUACCGCUCUACCUCUACUGUAUGA